GAUGGCGUGAUCGGUCAUGGAGUCCCUGCGACUCCAGAGGCAGCGCUGGAAGUCCGCGCUGCCCCUGCUGUCGUCCCAGGGAGACGGGUCUCCGCUCGACUCGCUCGUCGAGAGCUUCCGCAAGAACGGCUCCGUCUUCCUGAGCAGCCUCAGCGUCUCCGAAGAGCCGCACCGGUGCCGAAGCGCCGCAUCCCACCCGCCGCCCCACGGCUCGGCCGCCGCCGGCUCCGGUCUGUUCGGUUCCGCCACGGCCUCGCCGUCGCAUCUCCACUACUAUCACCACCACCAACACCACCAGCAACAUCAGCAGCAGCAGCAGCUACUGCUGCUGCAGGGGCAGGCGUCACCAAAUUCGUCGUCGUGCUUCGAGUCGUGCGACGGCGGGGACUUCGGAUUCGACACCGACAACGAUGAGACGAUGGAGGGGGGGACUGCACUGACCGUGCGAGAUGUGGCAGACAUCAUCAAGGGAAGGCACGUCGUCCUCACAGGAGGGAGGACGUGCGAGGGAUACCCCGUGCUGACGUUCCCGGACAGCGGUGCCUUUUGCAGCCUCUCUGACGAGGACUACAGGAAGCUUAUGCAGUAUCUGACAAGUGUUCCUUUAGCGCAAGAUGCUGAGCUAGGUUUUGUAUUGGUUGUGGACAGACGGAAAGACAAAUGGAACUCUGUCAAGACUGUUUUGCUCAAGAUCUCAGGGUACUUCCCAGGCUUAAUUCAAGUAGUGUUUGUCCUCAAGCCUGUGGGAUUUUUACAGAAAGCACUGUCAGAAGUUAGCAACAAGCUGUGUAAAGAAGAGUUUAAGUUUAGGAUAGUAAUGUGCAAUACUCUGGAAGAGUUGCACGAGUACAUCGACCCUGGCCAACUUACUGAGGAUCUGGGUGGCUUGAUUCCGUAUGACCAUGACCGCUGGAUGGAACAACGAAUGGCGGUGGAGAUGUUCACGGGCAGCCUGAAGGAGAUGACGGAGAGCAUCCGGGAGAUCACGCAGCGGCUGCGAGACACGGAGCUCCCUAAUGACGUGGCGUCGACGGUGGCUCUGUUGCGCGACCAGGGGGGCCAGUACCAGGAGCUGAAGGACGACCUGCUGAACGCCUCUCAGCACGGCCACCAGCUGUUGCGCUGUGUCCGGCCGCCCUCACCGGCCCCCCAAGACCACACCGUCCACAGCCCUAGGGCCUCCCAGAGGCUCAUCAACGUCUGUGCCGUCGAGAGGUUGCUUCAGCAGCUGAACAGUACAGAAGACGGCUUCGAUGCCUUUUGGAGCGCCCACCAGAAGAGACUGAACCAGUGCCUUGAGCUGCGCAAGUUUGAGCAGGAGUUCCGCGAGUUGCAGGCCAACAUGGCGGCCAACCUGCGGGACCUGAGUGCCAUGCAGUCCAUGGGGGACUCAGUCGCUCAGGUCGACACCUUGCUUCAGGAGCUGCAUGAGUUUCAAAGCCUCUCGGAAGAGGACACAGAGAAGGCAGAGCAGCUGAGGCAGGCCGGCCGGGAAUUGAUUGUUGGCGGCCACUACGCGGUGGACUCCAUUGAGCCCAAGUGUGUGGAGCUGGAGCGCAUGUGUGCAGACUUCCAGGAGCAGUUGAGGCAGAGGCUCGACGUACUACACCGGUUCAGGGACCUUCAGCACCGCAUUGACAAGGCCAACAAGUGGUGCAGCCAGGGUGUGGACCUCCUGGCCAGCCUGGACAUGGAGCGCUGCUCGUCGCAGGAGUUUGCUCGCUCUGCGCUCCAGGAACUCGACGCCUUCCUCAGCAGCUCCAGUGAGUUCCGCCUGGAUGAUCCACGGGAGUUCCACCGCUUCUUCAAGGACUUCAUCAACAGUGACACCAAGCCCUUGUUGCAGCAGGUGCUGAAGAGGAUAGACGACGUGAAGCUCAUGUGCCAGAACAAGCAAGGCAGUCUGCGUAAAGUGGUGUCACGGCAGGUCAGGCCAGUGCAGGCAGUCGCGCCGGAACCAUCGCCGCUGCAGUACAACUCCUCCGCGGUGUCGGCAUUCGACGCAGACCCCAGGAGCUUCGCAUCAAAGAAGCCCGCUUCCAAGCACGUUGAAGUUUGUUUUGCUCAAUCUGGUGGCGGUGAUUCUGGUCUGCAGUCACUGGAAAUGAUACAAGACAAGAAAGGACAUGUUAUGAUGGAACUGAUUGAGACCGAAAAGACUUACGUUCACGAGCUGUACAGCAUAAUUCAGGGCUAUAAGAAAGAGAUGCUUAAUCCCGAAAUGAAAGAGCUGGUGCCUCACUCGCUUUACGGGAAGGCUGACAUACUUUUCGGAAACAUGGAUGGCCUCUAUCAAUUUCAUAAUGAUGUCUUCCUAGAGGACCUCCAAAACUGCCGCAGCACUCCUGAGCUAGUGGGAGCAUGUUUUGUCCAACGAAAAGAAAGCUUCCACAAAUUGUACAGUGCAUACUGCAUGAACAAACCAAAGUCCGAAGCCCUGAGGCUUCAAUGUGCCAGCGAUAAUGCCUUUUUCAAGGAAUGCCAAAGAAAACUGAACCACAAGCUUCCCUUGGAUGCAUACCUGCUCAAGCCUGUACAGAGGAUCACCAAGUACCAACUGCUACUCAAGGAUCUGUUGAAGUACUCCGAAGGUUCUGGGGAGCAAUACGAGCUGCAGGAGGCGGUCAGAACUAUGCUCGAUGUGUUGAAACAUGUCAACGACAGUAUGCACCAGGUUUCCAUCACGGGUUUUCAUGGCAGCUUGGCAGACUAUGGGAAGUUGCUGCUGCAAGGGAUGUUCAACGUCUGGAUAGAGAAGAAAAAGAAGGAACGCAUGAAGGAGCUGCGGUUUAAGCCCAGCCAGCGUUACAUUUUCCUUUACGAGCACCUGGUUCUCUUCACCAAAAAGUAUGGUAGAGACGACAACCCCAGCUAUGCAUUUAAGAAUGCUCUAAAGACAUCACAGAUUGGACUGACAGAGAACUUCAAAGGUUCAAGAGGUGACAAGAAGAAGUUUGAAGUGUGGCUUCACGGAAGGACGCAAGUCUUCAUAAUCCAGGCACCAUCCAUUGAGUCGAAAGAUUUGUGGGUAAAGCACAUCAAGCAAGUCCUACUACAACAAUUCGAACUUUUGAAAGACGAAAGCAAACGCCAGCAUUAUGAAAAGUAUGAGCAGCUGAACGGUGUCAAACCUCAGUCGCCUAGGGUUCGACACACGAUCAGCGGGAUGAGCUGGGAAAGCCACCGCAUGGCGGACAACAACAACGGUCGCAAGCGGAUGGCCCGCAUGCUGGGGCGGAGGGCUACCUUCCCUGCCCUGCGGAGCUACGGGGGCGAGUCGGACCAGGAAGACGGGUGGUCUACGGACGACCUGUCGCAGACCGACGAAGAGGACGACGACACAGACAUCUUUGUCACCUCUGAGGUUGGUGGCAGCUACGUGGCCCUGGGGGACUACGAAGCAGUGGACGUAGGGGAGGCGUCUCUGAUGGAGGGUCAGCCCGUGCAGGUCCUGCGGGUGGGCUGCGCGGGAUGGUGGUACGUGCGUGCCGGCCCCAGCGGCCGCGAGGGCUGGGUGCCCGCCGCCUACCUGGGACCAAGGCAAGGGGGCUCCCGCUCUUCACCUUCGGUCAGCAGCCAGGAUUCUGGUAAUGGCGGUCUUCACCACGCCAUCAGCCGCAUCAGCAUGGCAAGCAACUUGAGCAGCACUAGUCUCGAGGGGGGCAUGUGAACGGCCUCUUCCCAAAGCUGCCCGGAUGCUGUAAAUAGUGUACAGAACAGAGAAGUGAGAAGCAAAUGUGAAGAGUACAACUCUGUGACCAAACAUGCAACGGCCACUGAUGGCUCGAGAAAUGUUUGCUCCAUGUAGCCUGCUUUUGGUGUUAGAGAAAAUUGUGGCUUGUUUGUUUGUCGAAGUUUCACGAGACAAGAGGAGGUACUUUCUGUAAGCGGUCGAGUAAUUAUGGUCAGUAAGAGAUCUGCAUGAUAGAGUGCAUCUUUGCAAUGCUCCACCCACAGUGCAAGUUCUCUGCCUCUGGUGCUACUUCACCUUUAGACGGUUGAAGCUUGCACAUUUGCAGGGCACCAAAGGCAUUGAGCCUAUUGCAGAGGCUGAGUGACUGAAAUAACUCUCUGCUGCUCUAAACCUGCCAACAACUUUCAGCAGCUUUAAGAGUGACGCUGAAGUCUUCUGAGCAGUGCGGCUACCAAGAUGCCAAUUUCAACAUGUCGAUUGUAAAUUAACCAGCACACAGGACAUCUGACUGGUGUCUUGUUCAUUUUGUCUAAAUACCUAUCUUCAAUUGUGGUAUGAAUUGCAUCCUGUAGUCCAGCUUUGUUGUCCUGCAUUUGUCCUAUGUUUCAAUCAGAAAUUGAAUAACUUACAAGUUUAUCAUUCAAACCUUUCUGAUUGGCACUGUCAACUGGUUUUAUUUUUCUUUCCAAUGUUAAGUGUCAUUAUUUCAGUAUCAUACAUAAUUCUUCUAACAGCUGUCAUGUGCGCAUUUAAGGUACUGUCUGCUGGCAGCUGUGUAUAACUGUUUGUAACAUAAUACAAAGUGUAACAUCGCACGUAGAGUGAUGGUUUGAUAAACCUGUCCGUACUGCCAAAAAUACUUAGUAAUAUACAGUGACGGUAAAAUUUACUGGAUUACUAACAGAAACGUCUGACCACAGAGCCUUGGUUUGUGUGCUUGGACAUACGUCAAGCUUGAAAAAGUGUUGCAAUGUGCUGUGGAGCUACAGGCAUACAGAUAUUUUGGCAAGCCAACAUUUACCAAAGACUGCAUAGGAGGCUUGUCAGGAACUUGGUAGUUGCUAAGUAACCUGAACAUGCAAGACAGCUGGACUAUAUAACAUUCCAGAGAAAGUAUUACUGAAGUCACUGUACAUGAGAAAACAGAACAACUGUUUCAUAUAUUUUAGAAUGUUUUGAAAAGAAUUACUAGUGGACUUUGACAGAUUUGGACACGCAUAAGACUAGAAACAAAAUUUCGCUGCAAGAUUGGAUGUCAAAAACAGACCUUUUCAAGAAUUACGCUGCUGCCUCUGCAGUUAAGAGGUAUUUCAGGAAUUUGUUGCACAUUUGUUGUCAGACGAACCAAUGCCGGUGAUGGUCUACAAGAGCUGCAUGCUUGUGAACAAAAUGUUUUAAAGUAACUCUUUUAGAAUGAGAUUUAUUUGCUCCUCCCGGUUGUGGCAGAUCUUUGUGCUAGUUUCUCUGGCUGCAGUGACUGCAUCGGUGCAUCGUUUGCUAGUCACCAGUGCAACAGGAUAGAAAAAUUGUGAUGCAGCAGAUUUUUCCGUCACUGUACGUAAUAUCCAAGAACUUAUCGCAACUCUUUUAUUUAUAGAGCUAAGCUAUGUUCCGAUGCAUCUUGUGAACAUUCAGAAGAGAGCCACAUCAUUAAGCAAGCCUUUCUUAAGAUGAUGGCACAUACCUUUUGGCCAUUCUCUGCUAAAACCUUUGUGCUAUCACUAUGGCACGAUGUCGUAACCGACACUGCCCUCUGUCUAAGGGAAGGCUUUCAGCAUUACUGCUUCUUCCUCCUGCAUCUUUCAUAGCAUUUUCACAAAUUUUCAUAUUUUAUUACAGUCCACAUGCCACCAAUUCGAGGCAGUAUAAUCGAAGAGGUUUCUAAGGGAAGUCCUGAUGAGUCUUCAGUACUUCCACUGAAUGUGCAUGUAGUAGGUCAAACUGGCUUCUGCCUGCAUUAGGAAAUGCUGCACCUUCUGUGUUUUCCGCUACUCCAAAUGCGGACUACCAGAUGUAGGCAGCAGCCAUUGCCUACUGUGCAACGAUUGCAUUGCAGACCAUUGUAAGCGCAUUCAAAGUACUACUGUAACUAAGGGCAACGAAUCUCACUAUGCCGAAAUCUAUAGCUUCCGAACAGAGUCAAACGCAGGUGGCAGCGCUUGCAGGUUUGUGGGUCAGCACUGCAUCCAAAACAUUUCCGAGGUUGCAUUACGAGCUCAAAUACUGCUGCAACUACAGCUUUGUGCCACUAGGGAUUGAAAUGCCAUAACCACGAAGGUUCAAUGCCACGCUGUGCUGCAGAAAUGUGUGCCUUCAACUUCAAAGAUUGAUAAGCUUACAAGCUGGGGCGGUGCCACUGAUUGUAUUUCUUUGCAAGAAUAUUCUUUGACGCGACUGGUGGAAACGUGCGACGAGAACAGUGUGUAAUAGGAAAGCUUUUUCUACCAUUCCAUCGAAUGCAGUCUUUUCUUUUUUUUAAGGAAAUGGCCAAUAGCACGUAACCACUGAAAAACCUUGCGAAAUUCUUCUUCGGGGUCACGCAAGCUUGCUUUUUCACACUGCAGGCAGUCCUGACUACAAAGAUUGUUUCGAAUGCCAUGUCUUCCAGUGAUUAGCUUGCUCGAUCUCUCGACUCGCUAAAAAUGUUGGGCAGAGUAGUGGAGUCACCCGUGUGGCUCCCGUUUUGCUUUCUUAGCACAACUACACAAAAGAUGUGGUCUGUUUGCACACAUUGUUCUUGCUCGCAGCAUUUUGUUUGCACCUAAAGUUUUCAGCACAAUGUGUCAGUCACCAUUAGGCAAGGUGUUUGGUUUACCUUUGAUACUUUAUGCAUGACGAGCAUUGAACAGUAGUUGAAAGCAAGGUGUCAUUUUCUUUAUAGUAGCAGUAGUUUAAAUGCUGCCCUUUUGUAGACCGGUCUUAUAUUUUGCAGAUGUCCCAAGUCUGGCAUUUGAAGCAUUUACAACAUUCAGGCAACUAAAGCCUCGGCAGUGUCUCUUUGUGGCCUAUUUGAAAAGCAAUAGAAUGACGCCCAGAUUCCCCCCUAUAAAAGGAAUUGUACAUUCGUAUGUCAAACAAGGCUGUGCUGUUUAACAUCUUGUAGAUUUGUGAAGAAUCCAGAUUUCGCCUAUGUGUUGUUUUCCGCUUGUUUGUCACAAGUUUUAAUUGUACAUUGUUCCGAGUGGUUGCCGCUGCAUGUAAAUGCUAUGUGCAUGGCAGAGUAGCAACACAUGGGAAAAAUGGUCGCUCCCAACGAUGAAUAAAUUCCUGCCAUGCCCUCCUGCUUGCAUUGUGCAUGAAUUUAUAAAAGGGGCUAUGUUUGAACUUGUUGUACUAAUGUAGGCCGUGCAGCAUGCAGUGGACGGCCCAAGCGUAAAACCAAAAAAAACGUGCUGUUCAGUGCACUCCACAAGCCUCUUCUGUAUACGCUGCACCAUGUGCUACCGUGUGAAUAAUUGUCCAAAGGUGUAAAUAGUCACUGUCGCUCAUCUGUGCUAAUUAUCCAGUGCCAGUGAAAAAGAACAAUAAUAAUUCGUGUUUCACCAAUGGCACCAUGUUUCACUGUCUGUUUAUUGAAGUUUAAACAUUCUUGCCUGC